AUGUUUCAGGGAAAUGCCAAGGCGAAGUUUGAUGAAACUCCUGAGGCUCAUGUGAGGUUGGGCAUCGAAAAAGGCCGGUCUGAGCUGAUUGUUCGUGGUACUUUGGCUUUACCACACUCUGUUAAAAAGGAUGUGAGAGUGGCUUUCUUUGCCGAGGGCUCGGAUGCAGAGGAUGCAAAGGCUGCAGGAGCUGAUGUCGUUGGUGGUCUUGAGCUUAUUGAGGAAAUCUUGAAAAGCGGUAAGAUCGACUUUGACAGAUGUCUUGCAACUCCGAAAAUGAUGCCCCGUGUUUACAAGAUAUCAAGGAUUCUUAACAAUCAUGGUUUGAUGCCUAACCCCAAACAAGGGAGUGUGACCAAGGAUGUCAUGAAAGCAGUGAAAGACGCAAAAGCUGGACAUACCAAAUUCAGAAUGGAUAAAACUUCUAUUCUCCAUGUGCCACUUGGAAAGAUGAGUUUUCCUGAGGAUGCAUUGCGAGAGAAUGUUGGUGCAUUUAUGAACGCUCUUUUGCUGGCUAAGCCUGCCGGAUUGAAAAAGACUUCAAAAUAUGCUGGUUACGUGAAUGCAUUCCACUUAUGCAAUGGGAAAGGGUUAUCCAGUAUCAAUACAGUCGUUAUCUAGAGCAGCGGAUCACUAUACCAAAUUGUAGCUCAGGUGAUUGAGCAGUAGUAGACUCAAAAAAUUUAAAAAGCUUGUUGGAAAGUUUUAUGAAGUGCUCCAGAUGGUGAAAAUCUUUAAAAC